GCCCCUAAACGAUGUCGUUUUGGGACAAAACUAAUCCCAAAAAAGGACGGAAAAAAAAAGAAAAAGAAGUUGAAACUGUGAGGACGGAAUAGAGAGCAUCACCGGCGUCCUUAUUCUUCUCUCUUUGUUGCAGAUCUCCUUUUCUAUCGUAGAUGUCUUUCAGAUCUGUCUCAGAUCUCUUCUCCUAAAUAGGGGUUUCCAGAUCACCGAGAAGAAGAAGAGGAAGAGAGCUCGCGCUAGCGGUGGUGCGAGGGUGGGUUUAAAGCGCUGGCGGUGGUGCGAGAGUGGACGACGGCGUAGGGAGGAGUAGGAGGAAGAGCAGUUGCGCAGCUGAAAGGUUGUUCCCAGGCGGCCUCGAUCGCCGACGAUGGAUUUGGGGUCCACCUCGAUCGCCGAAGAGCCAUCUCUCAUCUCCUUUAGAGUGGUCUCCAUCAACAGGGUCGCGUUUCUCUCUGCUGGUCGGCCAUUAGAGCUCAAAGCCGCUACCACCACAGGUACAUGGACUCAUCUCUGUGAAUGAGAUUGAUAGUGACGAAAUGGGUUUGGCUUAAAUCCGAUUUCAAAAUCACACCAAACAAAACGAGGCCAACGCUGCUUCAGAUUAUUAUCAAACCCAGAAAACAUAGGAAACUUGGAUUGUUUUGGGUUGAGAUUACUGAAUCAACAUAAUAAUACCUUAAUUAUUCAUUAAUGGCCUUGAUUUGUUUCAAUUGAAAUUUGCAUUGUUGGUCCAACAUUCAACAAUCUGAAAAAUGAAGAGAGAGAGAGAGAGAGAGAGGGAGAGAGAAAUAAUCAAGAAAUUUCAGUGGUGUUUAGUGGCUUGAAUCAAUUGUCGCAAGUCUUCUCGCCGAAGUGGAAGGGGAAGGGCUCUGCUUCUGCUUCUGCUUCUAAUUCUUAUUUUCCAGAAUUUUUUUUUUUGUGUUUAAUUUUGUCCCAAAAUGACGUCGUUUUGGGACACUACAGGAACCACUGCAGGGAAGCACUACAGAGGAUCCAAACUCCUCUCUCUCUCCUCAUUUUUACUUAAACCCCAAUCGUUGUUUCAUAAACAAACAAAACUGCUCGGAUGUGUGUAUAUAUAGAAGAUAUACAUACACAUACAUACUAUCAGAUUAAUUUAGAUUAGUUAUAUAUAAAUCUGUAUAAGGAGUUUCUUCAAUCUCAUCUCAAUUUUCUGGGUAAUUCUCAUUUUGUUUCCAGUCACCUAAACGCAGGGAUUCCAAGGUAAUUCAAUUCCAUUUCUUUGAAAGGAACUAAUCUCAAACCCCAUUUCUCUCUGUUUCUUUUCCUGGAAAUUGUUUCUGAUAGAUUUUCAUUCAAAUGUAGUCUCUGAAUCUGUCAAAUGCCCCUGUUUUCAACCGCUUGAUCUUUGCUUAAAGGGAUCACGAGUAGUCGGCGCAAUUUCUUCUUGGGUUUUGUUUUGUUUUGUUUUGUUUUGUUUUUGCUUUUCACAACAGGAAUAUUGGCGGGCAUUGAGAGAUAGGAAUUAAGGAUGUUGGGAGAUUUCUUCACCAGAGGACUUGUUCUGGUCCUUGGAUAUGCAUACCCUGCGUUUGAGUGUUUCAAAACAGUUGAGAAGAACAGAGUUGAGAUCGAAGAGCUUCGAUUUUGGUGUCAAUAUUGGAUAAUUGUGGCAGUGUUGACAGUCUUUGAGAGAAUCGGGGAUAUAUUCAUUUCGUGGUUGCCAAUGUAUGGUGAGAUGAAGCUUGCCAUGUUUAUCUACCUGUGGUAUCAAAGACCAAGGGAACCAGCUAUUUCUACGAAACUUUCUUGCGGCCAUACAUAUCAAAGCAUGAGACAGAGAUUGACCGGAAAUUGCAGGAGCUGAGGGCCAGGGCAUGGGACUUGGCUAUUUACUACUGGCAAAACGGCACAAAAAUAGGGCAAUCAAUAUUCAUCCAAGCUCUUCGUACAUGGCUGCUCAGUCUGGAAAGAUUACAACAACAAAACCAACGAUGAGGUAAAGCUUCCAAUGGGUUAGCUAUCCGAGUCUUGCUAUGCAUGCGCACAGAAAUAGAACACGGAAUAUGACACAGUCACUCACAAGUUAUUGGUCCCAUGUUAUUAUCUAGGUUCAUAGCUUUGUGAGCCUUAUAAUCAUCCCACCUUGAAGCAAAGAUGCAAUCUGUUCUAUGAACAAUUAGGCAUAACAUGUAUAGACACACUUGUAGUUCCAAAUCCAAACCAGACCACUUCUGUAAAUGACAAGUCUGAGAUUUGAACUACCAAUUAUGCAUGGUUUGGUAACUUUUAGAAAUACAUACUGUUACAUUUGACAGGUUGAAAAUCUAAGCAAGAAGUGCUUUUGACAGCAUUUCUAAACUGUCCCUA